CCACUCCCCGCCAACCCGAAAAAUACCGAAAAACACCUUAAACAACAACAACAACAACAAUUCCUCGCCGCCUUCCUGACUGGCAGAAAACCGUCUACAACACAACAAACACUAAAACAUACACAAUGGUCAACUUUGGGCGAUUCGUGUGUGUGCUGGUGCCGUUCCUGCUGACGCUGGCAUCGUUGAUUGCCUUGCUGGUAGCAGGAUUGGCGGGCAUCGCUGACAAGAGCCUUUACAUGUUCCGUGUCAAUCUGACGGACCUCUCUCUGUCGCCAGCCUCGGUAUCAAGUAUUCUUGACGGCACCGGAUUCCAGGCCCCGAAUUUCGACGACAUUAACAUCCCCGACAUCAACCUGCCCAAUGUCGACCUGCCCAACGUCGAUAUCAGCAAGCGCCAGAGCCAGACCGAAAACAUCACGGCCUCCGACCUCGACCUGUACAACAUCUACGACGUCAACAUCUGGAACUACUGCUACACCACGCAGAAUGACACCCGCGAAUGCACCGGCGGCGGUUUCAACUGGGCCUCCACCGCGCUCAACACGACGACGGACGAGUUCAACAGCAUGCUCACCGCGGGGGGCCUGAACGUGACGCUGCCGCAGGAGAUCACCGACGCCGUGCGCGCCUUCGGCACCGUCUCCAAGUGGACCCAGGUCGUCUUCAUCAUCGCCUACGUGGCGCUCGGCAUCGAGCUCUUCUUCGGCCUCUUCGCCAACUGCUCGCGCGCCUUCUCGUGCGUGACCUGGCUGGUCGCCACGCUCGCCACCAUCGCGACGGGCGCCGCCGCGGGCCUGGCCACCGCCACGGCCGUCAUCGUCGUGGGCGCCAUGGAGGCGUCCGCCACCAUGUACGGCGUGCAGGCCGAGCUCAACACGCGCUUCCUCGCCGCCGUGUGGAUCGCCGUCGCCUUCGCCAUCGCCGCCGGCCUCUUCUGGAUGUUCACCAUCUGCUGCUGCAAGCCCGACCACUCGUCCCGCCGCAGCCGCAGCAGCCGCGGCGGCGACGAGGCCGAGAAGUUCAUCCCCAGCGGCCCCGGCUACCAGCGCCUCAGCGAGCCCGGCGGUUACCAGGGCGGCGGCUAUGCCCAGCAGUACCCGCGCCAGUCGCAGGCCGCCGGUGCCUACGAGCCGUACUCGCACGCCCGUGUUUAAGUUCAAGCAAGGGGGUGCUGGUGAUGGUGGUGUGAUGAGAGAGAAGGGAUGAAAAUCGGUGGUGUGGUGGGACAGGUCACGGUUUACGAGCGGAGGCAAAUUCUUGUUUUCGCCCAUUG